AUGAUGGCCUGCAUGUCCGAGAGUCACAUCAUGGCAGACUGCCAAACCCAGCACCAAAGUUCGAACAUCGAGCCAAUCACGGACCAAAUGGACAAGGCUACUAUCAAUGACAGCCCAACUCUGCAAACUGAGCUGGCUAUGGGAUUUCCCGUGGGAAUCACUGACGGGAGUGCCCUGGAAAUCGACCAGCCCGAGGUGCUACUGCCUGUCUAUGGGGACGCGAGCGGUGACGGCAUCCAAGUCUCGGAUCACAAUGUCGACAAGGAGCUGUUCGCAACAGAGCUGGCGGAAUCAGAGCAGCAGCAGCAGCAGCAGCAGCAGCAGCCAAGCCUUGAGCAAAACACCACCGAGACCAUCCGACCAGCACACAAAGCCGCGAUCCUCACACUCCCAUCACCUUCACCCACCGAACCCCAAGCCGGCGACAGGGUCGCACACAGACCCGAGCUUCGAUGGGAGACCCGAGAUGGUGCUCUGUUCUACCGCGAGCCCGGAAGCGUAAUGCCAAACAAUACCCCGGGGGUCGACGUUGAGGGCGCGGUAGAGGUCUAUUGGAAACCCUCGGGCUACUUUUCAUGGUACACUCCAACUGAGCAAGAAAAGGAGGCCGAGGAGUACAUUGACAAGACAUUACUCGACGACGGCCUUUCAUUUUACUUUUCUCCGUCCCUACCCCACCGACCUGUAUACCAUGACUUGGUUACCGACCAGAGGUACUACUUCCACGAGCGGCAGUCGCUUUGUGAUCCCGCCAAGGCUGCUUGGUCGGCAGUCCGCGAGAGGUACCUGCAGAUGGUGAGCGAGCCGGAGCAGAAACAACUCCCUGAGCCGAUCGAGGAGGCUCUCACUGUGCCAUCGCCCGCUGCGGUAUCAUCUUCGAUCGACGAAACUCAUCUUGUCUGGCCGUCUUUCACUACUGUGGCGUCUUCUGCUACCUCUCUGUUCUCUCCUGACAUGGCCACACCCUCCACCGAGGCAGGAUCGACUGCUCAGCAGGCCCUUACCGUCGAAGAUGCCGACCAAGUUUGCAUGGCUGGGACCAAGAGACGGGCACCAGUGACGCCUGAAAGGAAGCAUCCUCCCCAAAAGAGGGUCAAAACGAUCCCAUCACCACCUACCACAUGUGAGGACAAGCCAGCACCACCGCCGACCCUGACGCUCCCUACUGCUCCUAGAAGUUCGGAUGUGUUUAUAGAGCAGCUAUCCACCCAACAGAAGGCAUAUAUGCUGGACCUCUGCGACAUCAGGCAGGAGCCACUCAUCCGCGACAGGCGGCCCGAGUUCGUCUACAAGCUAUUGUUCGACAAGACCGAGGCCUUGAACAAGCCUACAGCCCCGAGGCAGGCGUCCUCGACCACCGCGACAGCUGCAGCCACCAGCGCCGGCCGCACCCGACCCUCCCUGACAGCGCUGAGCUCAACGAGCAACAGCCAGGAAAACCCCAUCUCGCUCGACAUGCCAGAGUCCAAAGUUUGCACCCGGCGGGUCGGUACUGCCAGCAACCCAAUUUCGAUCGGGCUAGGCAUCGCAGAGGAGGACGUGGUAGUCGUCGUCUCGCCCGCGGGUUCCUCCUCAGCCAGUGCCGCGCCGAAGUCCACGCCGAGCCCCGAGUCUUCAUGGGAACCGACGCGCAGCAAGGCUUUUGCUUCAUCGCCAGAGCCCUCUCCACCCAGGGUCACCCGUUCCGCAGAGAAGAAAACCGCCGAGCCCCUGCGCCGGGACGGCUUUGGAUUCUACCACACCAAGGACAAGGCGCUGCUUCGGUACCAGCAGACCUGCGAGGACCAGGGGGUGGUUCCGGGGACCCUUCUACCGGACGGCCGCCAGCCCGACCGGCUUCUGAUGGACAAAUUCCGCGCCGACUCCAGGAACGCAAGGGGCACAACCGGCUUCAGCCCGAAAAAGGCCCUGAUCCACCCGAGACAGACCCCCUUGCACAGCACAGAGUAUUGGGACAACUGGCUCCAAAAAGGACAGGCGACGUCCACGCAGCGGACCGUCGCCACCGCCGAUGCAUACACCGCGGCUGACAGGCAGCGCUGGAUAGACGACGCGCCCAGGAGCUCGAACCAGCCCGCUCUGCUGCGAGGUUUCCCCAUGGUGGAGAUGGUGACGUUUCUCCGGGCCGACAACCGCAGGGACGAGGGCAACUGCUACUGGAACGCUCUGGCGCUGCACAUGUACGGCCGGGCGGAUUUCGGCGCGCGCGUCAAGCUGGAGCACCUGCGGCACGUCGAGGCGGUGCUCAACACCCCGCAGCACCCGCGCCACCAAGCCUACGCCAAGGUCAACGCCCGAUUUUUCCAAACCAACGCCGAGGGGCUGUCUGGCGGCCCGUUUGUCGCCAAUAUGUGGCAGAUCCUGCACAUGCCGGGGUCGUGGACGCCGUCGUGGAUGACGCAGAUCACGGCCGACCUGUACGGCGUCUUCGUCGUCUUGUACACGCUCCACCGGUCCGAGAGGCGGCUGCUGGUCACCGAGACGACCACGCGCGGCGCCUACAACUCGCGCCAUAUCUUCCUGCUCUUUGUCGACGGGAACCACUACCAGCCCAUGAUACCAAAUGAAUACGACCCGUCCGAGUUCCGCUGCCCGCGCCCGUCCAAGGACCUCACCAAGGCUUAUGUGUUCGGCGACUCCAAGCGUUGGGGCGAAGGGGUCACGCAUGGCUGGCGCCACGACGUCUCGUUUGGCAACCGUGUGCCCAUGGCGUUGCCUGUUGAUUACAACAUGGGCGCGACCUUUGUCGAUACCGAGCGGCUCAUCAAGGCUGUGGUUGAAGGCGGUACUGGAGCUUGGAAAUCCGAACUAUAA